AUGUCAGAAAGCUUUAAGCCUUUACACUUCGAUGCUUUAAAUGUUGGGAAAAUGAUUAAAAGAACUAAAAGAAAAUACACUUGAAAAUUUGAGCUUGAUGGAAUCGUUUAUACCCUGAAUUUCUAUGUUAGCAAGCUAUCUGGAAAGAGGAAGAUUCUUCUUAAUGGAGAAAUCAAACUAAACACCAAAAAUACAACAAAUUUUUCUAUAUACCCGGUCAAAAUUUAUUCCCACAAAUUAUAUAUCUAUCAAAUUGGUGAUAAUCAAUACGAUCUUAGAUGUGAAAAUUUAUCAUUUGAUGAUUUAUUAAAAGGCUUCGAUCUUCCAGGUCUGAAAUCUUGCAGAAGCAUAAGUUCACGUCAAAGUUUGUUUAAUUAUUCAAAUACACUUGAAGUCGCUCAAAGCUGACAAGAAAAUUCAGGGACGAUACUCUAUGAAGAAAGCAAAGAAGAGCCAAAUUGAGAAGCAAGAAAACAAAGCUAUGUCACUCCUUAUAGGCUGCCAAGACUUUCCUUGCAAAAUCCUACAAGAAAGGAAGAAAGAGAUAUAUAUGAAGAUCAAAAAAGGUUCAAAAGAGGGCCAGGACCAUCACAUGUAAUGACUGAUGAAUCUUUUGAUGAUUAUAUUCCAAAGGAUUCAAGGGAAAAUGCAUUUAAUUCAAAGCAUAAUAAUGUUCAUGCUAAAAACCCUUUUGAAACUGCUGAAGAAGCAUCAAAAAGCCCAGAACAAAAGACAAAAGAGAAUAGCGAAAUUGAUUUAUUAGAUGUAAAUGUAUUAAAUGAGCCAAAAACAAAUGAAAAAUCUUUUGAUAGCGUAGAAACACUGAAUUUUGGGAAUGGAUUAUUUAGUUAUGAAGAUAAAUCAAGUCCUGCUGUAAAUGCAUCAAUGCAGCAAGGACCUUUUGCUAACCAAAUGGCCCCAAUGAUGGCAUACAACCCAUUUAUGACAGGUUUUAUGAUGGGUCAGUAUCAAACUCCAAAUCAAUUUCAAAAAUCUUCAUAA